AGAGGACCCCGCAGGCUUUAGCGGCGGGCAGACCUAGGCCUGUCAGUUCUCCAAGUUGCCGGAGAGAAAGUCGGAGUCAAGAGAGGGAAUUGGAAGUGUCUCCAAAUGGAGCUGAGAAGGUGGAGAUAAAAGAGAAUAACAUAAUUAUAGCACCUAAAAGCUCCCUGUUUCCCAUUCGCUGACGCAGCCGUUGCUAUGGGCGACUCGGAUGCAGAGCCCGCCCCCGGCGAAGCCAGCCAGCCGCAGGGCUCCCCUCCCCUAGACGUGAUCUCCGAGGGGGUGGGGGAGCUGGUCAUCGACCCCGAGGUGGCCAAGAGAGCCUGCCAGGAAGUGCUGGAGAAGGUCCGGCAGAUCCACGGCGGCGUCUCGGAAGAGGAGGAGCCGGAGCUGGUCAACGGCGAUACUGACAACGCAGGCCCCCCGCCCGAAAUCAGCGAGGAGGAAGUAGCGCUGGCCGGGCCCCGCAACACGGUGAAGAGCGCGCGCCGCCGGCAGAAGAACAAUUCGGCCAAGCAGUCGUGGCUCCUGCGGCUCUUCGAGUCCAAGCUGUUCGACAUCUCCAUGGCCAUCUCCUACCUGUACAACUCGAAGGAGCCGGGCGUGCAGGCCUACAUCGGCAACCGGCUCUUCAGCUUCCGCCACGACGAGGUGGACUCCUACCUGCCGCAGCUGCUCAACAUGUACAUCCACAUGGACGAAGACGUGGGCGACGCCAUCAAACCCUACGUGGUGUACCGCUGCCGGCAGAGCAUCAACUUCUCCCUGCAGUGUGCCUGGCUGCUGGGCGCCUUCUCCUCCGACAUGCACAUCUCCACACAGCGGCACUCGCGCGGGACCAAGCUGCGCAAGGUCAUCCUGUCCGACGAGCUGAAGCCGGCCCAGCGCAGGAGGGAGCUGCUACCCCCCGUGGGCCCCGGCGCCGAGCACAGCCUCUCCCCCUCCAAGCGCACGCACCAGAGGUCCAAGUCCGACGCCACCGCCAGCACCAGCCUGAGCAGCAACCUGAAGAGGACAGCCAGCAACCCCAAAGUGGAGAAUCAGGACGAGUCUUCUGUUUCCCAGGAGCUGACCUCCAGCACAGACCGUCUUGAUAAUAUUGGCUCCUCACCGGUGCGGCUGGCCCCUCAGAGGGAGUUCAUCCAGUCUCUGAUGGGGAUUGGGAAGCGGCUGGCCACGCUGCCCACCAAGGAGCAGAAGACUCAGCGGCUCGUCUCGGAGCUCUCCCUGCUCAACCACAAGCUGCCCGCCCGCGUCUGGCUGCCCACGGCCGGCUUCGACCACCACGUGGUCAGGGUGCCACACACGCAGGCCGUGGUGCUCAACUCCAAGGACAAGGCCCCUUACCUGAUCUAUGUGGAGGUUCUGGAGUGUGAGAACUUCGAGACGUCGAGUGUUCCGGUGCGGAUUCCGGAGACACGGAUUCGCAGCACGCGCUCCGUGGAGAACCUGCCCGACUGCGGCAUCACCCACGAGCAGAGAGCCAGCAGCUUCACCACCGUGCCCAACUACGACAACGACGACGAGGCCUGGUCUGUGGACGACAUCGGGGAGCUGCAGGUGGAGCUCCCAGAAAUCCACACUAACAGCUGUGACAACAUCUCCCAGUUCUCAGUGGACAGUAUUACCAGCCAGGAGAGCAAGGAGCCCGUCUUCAUUGCAGCUGGGGACAUCAGGCGUCGUCUCUCGGAGCAGCUGGCUCACACCCCCAACACGUUCAAGAGGGACCCUGAGGACCCCUCUGCUGUGGCCCUCAAAGAGCCCUGGCAGGAGAAAGUCGGCCGGAUCAGGGAGGGCUCCCCCUAUGGACACAUCCCGAACUGGCGCCUCCUGUCCGUCAUUGUGAAGUGUGGCGACGACCUGCGACAGGAGCUGCUGGCCUUCCAAGUGCUGAAGCAGCUGCUGUCUAUCUGGGAGCAGGAGCGGGUGCCCCUCUGGAUCAAGCCCUAUAAGAUCCUGGUGAUCUCGUCGGACAGUGGGAUGAUCGAGCCGGUGGUGAACGCUGUGUCGAUCCACCAGGUGAAGAAGCAGUCCCAGCUCUCCCUGCUCGACUACUUCCUGCAGGAGCAUGGCAACUACACCACCGAGGCCUUCCUUACAGCGCAGAGGAACUUCGUGCAGAGCUGCGCCGGCUACUGCCUCGUCUGCUACCUGCUGCAGGUCAAAGACAGGCACAACGGCAAUAUCCUGCUGGACUCGGAGGGGCACAUCAUACACAUAGACUUUGGCUUCAUCCUCUCCAGCUCUCCACGCAACCUGGGUUUCGAAACCUCUGCCUUCAAACUGACCAGCGAGUUUGUGGACGUGAUGGGUGGUCUGGAUGGAGACAUGUUUAACUACUAUAAGAUGCUGAUGCUGCAAGGACUCAUCGCAGCGCGCAAACACAUGGAGAAAGUGGUGCAGAUCGUGGAAAUCAUGCAGCAAGGCUCCCACCUACCCUGCUUCCACGGCUCCAGCACUGUCCGGAACCUGAAGGAGCGUUUCCACAUGAACCUGCCGGAAGAGCAGCUGCAGGUCCUGGUGGAGCAGAUGGUGGAUGGCAGCAUGCGCUCCAUCACCACCAAACUGUACGAUGGCUUCCAGUACCUGACCAACGGGAUCAUGUGAGCCCCCUGCCCCCUGCCCCACCCCGCCCCCCAUCAACAAACUGUACGAUGGCUUCCAGCACCUGACCAACAGGAUCAUGUGAGCCCCCUCAUCAACAAACUGUACAGCAGCUUCCAGUACCUGACCAACGGGAUCAUGUGAGCCCCCUGCCCCACCCCGCCCCUCAUCAACAAACUGUACGAUGGCUUCCAGUACCUGACCAACGGGAUCAUGUGAGCCCCCUCAUCAACAAACUGUACAGCAGCUUCCAGUACCUGACCAACGGGAUCAUGUGAGCCCGCUCCCUGCCCCGCCCCUCCGCCAAGCACCCCCCUGAAUGAGAAGCCUCCUCGUGCUUGUGUCCCAGGACCGAGGCUGGUUUCACAGGUCUGAUUUUAAUGCUAGAGGGGUUUGUGAAACCAGCCCUUCUAGAAGGACAAGGAUCUGAUUGAUGGGGAUUUUGCUACAAAAGAUGUAUUUGCAAAUACAAGGCGGUUCCAUUAAAUGUGAAGGAACGUCCAUAGGAACUGGAUGUACGCACAGUAAUGCAUGCAUUGAUUGAGUAGGGGCGGCUGUUGCCUGUUUUUACCACUCAGACCACUAGCUUGCUGGAUUCACUUUGUAUCUUAAUAUACUUCCUUGAAUAGACAGGCAGCUCCUGUUUGUAGCCUCGCUAUAGAUCCUGUUUUGUCAUUUUUACCGGCCCCUUUGCAAUUGUAUGAUGAUUGCAGUCCGUGAUUCUCAUUGUACUUACAUAUUGUGGGUUUGUUUGCAAGUGUGAUCAGUUGCUUUGAGUUCAGAAGCUGCUCUGCAGUUCUAGCUGCCUUCCAUUGACAUAUAUAAUGUCUUUAUAUUAGUAAGUGCCAUCUAGUGCACAGCUGUGUAUUGCCAGCAGUACACAAUCUUAAUCUGGAGUGUGUGCUCGCUGGAAGGGCUAUGGUACAGGUGUCUACGCCAAGCAACUGGUACUGAAGAGCAGCUCCUGAACUCGGCUUAAAGCAAAAACAACAACAUUUGAGUCACUGCAUUAAGAACCACUCAGAAUAUUAGCAACUAACAAAGUUAAAGGGAACAGUUUACUUUACAGGAAGAUAAAUCACAUCUUAGUCAAAUUCUUUGGCACAUGUUUUGUACUUUUCAGUAUUAAGGCCGUGGCUCUAGAAGGACAGGUUUGUUCCUUGGCUGGCCUAGUUUUCAGUGCUGUUCAGGGAAGCCAUUUAGUGAGCAAGUAAGGGGUCGUGUGGGGGUGACAUGGAAGCAAGGGGUCGUGUGGGGGUGACAUGGAAGCAAGGGGUCGUGUGGGGGUGACAUGGAAGCAAGGGGUCGUGUGGGGGUGACAUGGAAGCAAGGGGUCGUGUGGGGGUGACAUGGAAGCAAGGGGUUGUGUGGGGGUGACAUGGAAGCAAGGGGUUGUGUGGGGGUGACAUGGAAGCAAGGGGUCCGUGUGGGGGUGACAUGGGCACAAUCCCCCUCUUCUUUGUAUAUACUCAUACGUUUGAAUACAGCAAACAUCCCUGCACUCUGCAGAAGCAAUGCUACACAACCCUGGUUCAGCAGCUCCACUUCCCAAUAACAUGAGAACCGAGAUCUCCAACGAGUGAAACCACACAACAGGACGGGGGAUUCCUCCAGGGGUUUGGAGACAAGGAGCUCUUUAUCAGACACUAAGACACUCGGAUUUGCUGAAGACUUAGGCCAUGUUUUUAUUUUUAAAAGGUUCAGCUCCACUAAAAAGGAUUAUCUACUGGUUUUAAGUGACGACAGACUAUAGAUUUGGGGGGGGGGGGAAACAAAAAAAACCCUACUGAUUACUGAGUAGCUGCAAGCUGUCAGUCUGGACAUCUGAACUUGAUUUGGAGGUGUGGUUCUUAUUUUUUUAAAGGAGGGGGGAGAAGUCAACCCAGUGCCCUAAUAAAAGGGCUCCAUCACUGGGAUCAUUCAACCACACACCCCCCCCCCCUCCCUUCCUACAGACCCAGCAUUAGGACUCCUCUUCUGUACCCCUUAGCGUUUGUUUGUUUUUCCCCCUCUUGUAGAAGCUGCGCAGGAGGAAAGACAAUGUGUUUCUUUCUGUUUGUUCCACUUCAUCUUUGGAUUUGUUUUAAGUGUUUGUGCAAGGACCAGCCCCAGGAUCAUGUGACUGAGGACCUCCCUUUAACUUGUGAAUUGUUCUUUGUAUAAUAAAUUAAACUACUUGUCUCA